GUUCAGUUGCUUAAGAACAUUUGGGAAGCCAACAACAAUAUGGACAAGCGUCAUUUGCAACAGCAGAAGAAUGAUGAUAGAGAAGAACAAGCUCCCCAUCAGCAUCUUGAAGAUAACAAGCAAGAGAGGUUGAAUCAAGAACAUGCCAAUGAAGAGGAGGACACGCACAAGGAAGAAUGGAAAAAGAAUAAAUACAAGUAUAUUCCAACCCAGAACACUGGAAUUCCUGACGAACCUGCUAUCACUCCAUCAUCAUAUGCGCUAUGCAAGUUAGACAAAGAAGAAUAUGUCGAACUAUGGUACUUUACCAACAAUGGAUUAGAUGAGGCAUCAAUCAAGAAGACUAUCAACGACGAUGCUAUGGUAUUGUCGACUUUAGUUGAUGGUUCCACAGUAUGGAUAUCCUCAGCUUCUGUGGGAAGUGCUCGCUGUCACAACCCAAUAACGAAUUAA